UGUCAAAGUGAUUAUGAUUAUUCCUAUAAAACACAACCUUGCAUUUCCUACUUUCACACAAUUGUUACACAUUUCCUCUUGUAACAUCUCAAAAGAAGGAGGGAAAAAAAAAUAUUGUAGCAUCAAAUUCCUAAAACUUUAUAGUGACUAUAUAUUUUCUAAUUGAAUUAGAGGGUUUUGCAUAAGCAAGAUGGAAUUCAAGGCAACUGAGCUUAGAUUGGGAUUACCAGGGACAGAUGAAAAGGAUAUGAAAACAAUACAUGGUAGUGUUGUUAAGAAUAACAAAAGACAAUUACCUCAAACUUCUGAAGAAUCUGUUUCAAUUUCUAAGGUUUCAAAUGAUGACCAGCAUGUGGAGAGUUCUUCUGCUGCCCCUCCUGCCAAGGCAAAGAUAGUAGGGUGGCCACCAAUUAGGUCUUACAGGAAAAACACUUUGCAAGAGGCUGAAGUUGGUGGGAUAUAUGUGAAAGUUAGCAUGGAUGGAGCUCCUUACCUUAGAAAGAUUGACUUGAGGAUCUAUGGAGGUUAUCCAGAACUUCUCAAAGCUCUAGAAACCAUGUUCAAAUUGACCAUAGGUGAGUAUUCUGAAAGAGAGGGUUAUAAGGGAUCUGAAUAUGCACCAACCUAUGAAGACAAGGAUGGUGACUGGAUGCUAGUUGGAGAUGUUCCAUGGGACAUGUUUGUGACUUCCUGCAAAAGACUAAGAAUCAUGAAAGGCACAGAAGCUAGAGGUUUGGGUUGUGGUGUAUGAGAAACAACUGAAUUUUUCCUAUGACUAUAUGCAAGAAAAAGAGUUUUGGUGUUUAGGAAAGUCAAUCUUUCAAUUGCUGGAGCUAAUGGAUUUUGAAUCUUGAUUUGGAAGGGAGAUGGAAGAUACUUUCUACAUAAACUUUGUCAACAUGUUUUUUUGGUUAUUUUAGCAUCUUGAAGUGAUGCUAUAUGCUAUAUUGUUUGUUAUUUCCACUGAACAUUUUCAAUAACAUUUUCAGAAAUUUGCAUCAAAGCAACUUUGUAUACUUAUAGAGAAUUAGAAUUAGAAGAGUCAUGGUUUGUUUUGUAUCAAUAUAUAAAUAGAAACUUUAAUUACGUAGUUAUUUUUUUGACAGGGAAAAUAAAUACAUAGUUGCUACUCAUUUGUUCAUAA